AUGGAUAACCAUUUUGCGAAUUUAUCGGGCGGAAAUAACAUCACUCACUCAAAUGCUGGCACUGAUCGCGGGCAGACCUUUGGCGAUUUCGAAUGUAUAAUAAUGCGAUUUCUCUUUGUUUUUACUGGGUCUGUUGGCCUGCUGGAGAACAUUGUCGUUGUUACAAUUAUCCUACACAGCAGAAUUAUGCUCGAUUUUCCAUCCAAUUGGUUCGUCCUCAGUUUGGCCAUAGCCGAUGCAAUUUUUUGCUUUGCAGCGAUUCCAUUGAUAAAUGCCCUAUGUUUAGGAGCGUCCUAUAUCAUCCUAAUUGGUGUGGUCGCUCAGUUUGUCACCAUUGCCAGCGCUGGAAAUUUAUUCAUCUUGACAUUCAACAGAUUUCUUUCCGUGUAUAACUCGUUAAGAUAUCCUGGCUUAAUGACCUACCGCAGAGCAAAGUGUUUGGUCGUAAUUCCUUGGGGAAUCGCUUUUCUCAUGUCGGUUCUUGUCGGAAUUUCAGUUCAAGCAGGAA